AUGCUCUACGUACACGCUACCAUCAUCACGGUCGACAGCACUCGACGCAUUAUCAAUGAUGGCGCCAUCCUCGUCCGUGGGGAGAAGAUAGCAGACAUUGGCAAAGCAUCGAUCCUGAAGACGCGAUACCCCACCGAAGAAGAAUUUGACCUGUCGGGUCGAAUCAUGAUCCCCGGACUGAUCUCCACCCACAUGCACACUGCCCAAACUCUGCUCCGGGGUACCGCUGACGAUCUCGAGCUGGUUUCUUGGUUAUGUGAGAGAAUAUGGGUGCUGCAAGGCAAUUUCACGGAGGCAGAUGGCUAUGCCGCCGCCCGACUCAGUAUUGGAGAAAUGCUCAAGUCGGGCACGACGUGCUUCUUGGAAAGCAUGUUUGCCAAUCGGUACGGCUUCGACGGUCUUGCUCGCGCCGUCGAAGAGUCUGGAAUCCGUGGCUGUUUGGGUAAGAUUGUCAUGGACAUCGCCAAAUAUGCCCAGGAUGAUGCCUGGGCAAUGCAUCCCGGCCUCGUGGAGGAUCGGGAGACGUCUCUUCUUGGCACAAUCAAGAUGUGGGAGAAAUGGAACGGAGCCGCCAAUGACCGCAUCCGGGUGUGGUUUGGAGCCAGAACUCCGGGAGGCGUCUCCGAUGCGCUGUAUAAAGAAAUGACAUCCGUGUCCCGAGAAAAGGGCAUUCCGGUCACAAUGCACUGCGCCGAGGUCAAGGCCGAUCGCGACUUUUUCUCUUCAGUCUCGCAUACCCCAAUGUCGUACUGUGACUCGGUUGGCCUGCUCAGUCCCUCCACGGUGCUUGUCCAUAUGGUCCACCUGGAUGACUCCGACAUUGAGCGACUUUCAGCUUCAGGGACCCACGUUGCCCAUUGCCCAACGUCCAAUGCGAAACUGGCCUCGGGCAUUUGCCGCGUUCCCGAUCUACAAAAGGCCGGCGUGAACAUUGGGCUUGGCACAGAUGGAGCACCCUGUAAUAACACUUGCGACCUCUUGCAAGAGAUGAAGCUCGCUGCCAUUAUUCAUAAGAGCAUCUCCUACGAUCCGACGGCUGUUCCCGCCGAAUCCGUGCUGGAAAUGGCGACUAUUAACGGCGCCAAGGCUUUGGGCCUUGAAGAUUCUAUCGGGAGCUUGGAAGUGGGGAAAAAGGCUGAUUUUGUAGCGAUCGACGUGCGUGGGAUUCAUAAUCAGCCCUGGCAUUACGCAGCGAGCGCGGUGGUGUACACUGCAACUGGCCGAGACGUCGAUGUUGUGGUCGUAGACGGCAAGAUUUUGGUCCAGAACGGAGAACUGACCACGAUGGACGAGAUGGAAAUUGUCGAAGAGGCCAAGAAGCGCAGUAAGGAGGUCGUUGAACGGGCUGGAUUGACCAGCCAGAUGAGCGGUCGCUGGCCGGUCGAGUAG